AUGGUGGCUGCCAUGACGCAGCAGAGCACCGUGAUGAUGCAGCAGAUGGAGGCCGCUAGGGCAGCUGCUGAGGAUGCCCAUCGGCAGCACAUGGAGGCACUCCACAAACUGGAGGAGAACAGGGCAACUGCCCCUAUGUUUGGCCAAGAGCCACGACCACCAGUCAGGGAGUGGAGUCUAGAAGACUUCCUGAAACACCAUAUCGUGAAGUUCAACGGGUGGACUAGUCCAGAUGCAGCCGAUCAGUGGCUGAAGGAUCUGGAGAGAAUCUUCGAUGCGAAGAUGUGCCCAGCAGAUAACAGGUUGGCCUUUGCCGCCUACAUGCUGACUGGGGAAGCUGAACACUGGUGGAUGAGCAUGAAGUCCAUCAUGGUGGAGAGAGGAGAGCCUGUGACUUGGGAGGCCUUCCGGGGAAAGUUCCUCUCAGAGUAUUUCCCCGAUAGCGUCAGAUACGCCAAGGAAGUGGAAUUCCUCCAGCUCACACAGGGAGGGAAGUCAGUAGCUGAUUAUGCUGAGAAGUUCAAGCACCUCAACCGUUUUUACACCUUGCCACUCGAUGAGGAGUGCAGAUGCUGCAAGUUUGAAAAUGGACUCUGCGGAACAUUCGCUUGA